AUGGGCAAUUCAAACACCAAGGAGUCCCGUCCGGACCACCACGACGGCUCCUCUGAUCCUCGCGAGUCUGGAAGGUCGCGCAAUCGCAUGAGCAGGGGGGAUCUGGGGGGAUUUCUUAGUUUACAGCCACCCCGUGACCGUGGUCGAGAUCGUCAGGAUGCUCCAUUCGAGCAUCGUGAAACAAGACAAGAGCGCGAGGCUCGCCGACUGGAGAAGGAGCGUCUGACCAGAGCCAAGGAUCGAGAGCGAAGCAUCCGGGAGGAACAUGUAGAUGGAGGAUACCUCGUGACAAUGGGAACAUAUACCGGCACCGAAGACUUCAGCAAGCCCGUGGUUCGACAGCUUCAGAUCGAAAGGAAAUUAGCCCCUUUCUGGCGCGGUCUGAAUGACUGGUCCGAUAAUUGGGCAGAACAUCAACUUGUAGCAGCUGCUCGGGGCUUGCCAGUCCCGGCCGCCGAUGCGCCUCCCGAGACUGACCUAAUUCCUCGCCCUUCACCACCUCAGCCAGAGGGGGGGAACACUCACAGCUUGCAGAAUCUAACCGUUCCAAUGGGUCCUAGAACUAUGUCUGCCGCUUCAGACCGUAGUGGCUCUGGGGCUGGCCCUGCUGUUCCUUCUCCAACGACGGCAGCACCUCCCAAAACAUCGUCAAUCAAGCCAAGGGCCAAGGCACUCGCAGCAGCUCUCAGUGUAGGCUCCAGAAAUGCUUCAUCUACUGACUUGUCCCCAAAGGAGGUGCCUCUACCCCACGACCCAUUUGUUAAUGGACAGCCAAUCGAGGUAUACCUGUACAAGGACGCGUCCGAAUGCCCUAUAUGCUUUCUGUCCUACCCCCCUUAUUUGAAUCGCACACGAUGCUGCGACCAGCCUAUCUGCAGUGAGUGCUUUGUGCAAAUAAAGAGAGCUGACCCUCAUCUGCCUGAGCAUCAUCCGAAUGGCGAAACAAGGGAUCCGAACGAGGGGCCCAAUCCGGAAGACCCGCCCGAGAUGCUCAUAUCAGAACCAUCAGCAUGCCCCUACUGCCAACAGCCUGAAUUUGGCGUUACGUACGAGCCUCCGUCUUUUCGAAGAGGAUUAGUUUAUUCAACCUACGUAUCUAAUGUCGCUUCCUCAACCGCAAUGUCCUCGCAGAGCUCUCUCAACUCCACUCUUUCUCCAUCAACCCCGCUACAUGUCUCGAGGCGGCGAACACAUAGCUUGUCAGCAACCGCCCCUAAUGUUAUCACAACUGACCGAGUUCGUCCGGACUGGGCGACAAAGCUGGCCUCUGCUCGUGCUCAUCAGGCACGCCGAGCCGCAGCCGCCACGGCCCUGCACACUGCCGCCUUCUUGGUCGGAGCCCAGGAAAGUAGAUCCAUUCUCCGUCCCGGCAGGUUUGGACGAAGGAGUACCGGAACAAAUACUCCUGGAAACGAACAAACGCACAACAAUCCCGGCGAAGCGGAGACUGACCCCAACGAGAGGACAUCUAGUCGGAAUGCCGACGGUACCCGUCGGACUCGAAUGGAGGAACUCGAAGAUAUGAUGUUCAUGGAGGCUGUUCGCUUGUCUCUUGCGUCGGAAGAGGAACGGAAACGGAAAGAAGAGAAGGCCCUACGUAAGGAAGCCAAGAAACGACAGCAAGCGGAGAAGAAGGCUCAAAAGAAGGCAAACAAAGACCCUUAUGGAGGGAACAUUAGCGGUGCCAGCGGAAGUAGUCUUUCCCUGGGCCUUGGCCGAAGGCGCGGCAAUAGUGGAGCCAGUGCCUUGAGAGUUGAGGCUACUACGCAGGGAGCGUCGCAGAACACAAAAGGGGAGGAAUUGCCAACUGCCGAACCCGAAACCACGGGCGAGCUUCCGGGGAAGGGCAAAGCCGUGGAUCGUGGACCGGAGGAUGCUACGGCAGCGGGCAGUUCUGCUGCCGCCUCGCUUCCCAUUCCCACUAGCCGUCCUCGUGGUGGCUCACAUUUGCGACAGAUGAGCAAUGCCUCCUCACUUGGAUCAUCGCUCGUCGACACGCCUUCUGGAAGCUACACCGCGCCAGGAUUUACUGGAGCUGAUGGUACAGGUUCGCGAUCUGAAGGCGAUCGAGACACCGGCAGUGAACCCUUGUUCAACUUCCGCAGCCUGGCUGAACUGGUCGGAGUUAACAUUGAUGAUGGAUCUGCACAGCAGGAUGGAGGAGAGGCUUCAUCAGGCCAUCUCAAGGACGCAACAACUCGCCCCUUGUCACACGUAAAGGAGGAAGAGAAGGAAGAGGCAGAAGCUGAACAUGUGGAAACAAUGGGCGCUGAGAAAGCUGGCGAAGAAGAAAAGGAAUCACUACCCGCGUUGAGUAGUGAAUCGACAGCUGUCGAAACUAUUGGCGCCAGCGAGUUGUCCCCAAAGGUCACCAUAACCCCCGGCACUCCCAUGCCAGAUGACGAUGUCCACAGCCCAGACGCUAAGCAGCUGCAUCACCCAAGUGUGCGAGUGCGACCGUCCGAAGCCAUGCAUUGA